CUUGUCGACGCUCGUGACCGUAUUAUCGCAGUCCUUGGCGGAGUUCCUCGCGGGUCUAAAGGGACAGAGUGGCAGGCGGUGGAAGCUGAAGCUGCUGCUGCUGCCACGCGUUGCCGUGAGUCCAGUACCUUCACCGAAGCACAAAAACAUGGCCGGCGUGGAGAAUUUGCCUCCCGCACUGUGGGGUUUGGUUAUGGCAACGGGCGGUGCAAGCCGCAGAACUACAAAGUCUCUGGCAGGGCUAACCAAUGCGCUAUGCAAGAGCUUCUGCAGAACACAGCAGUUCGGCGCAUCGCAGGCUUUCAAAACACUCUCUUCAACACUUACUGCCACAAGAACUAUGCUGAAUCUAGAGCUACCAACGAGGAAAUCCAACGCAAGCAGCCCGAGCUACGACCCAACUUCCCCAACACUGCGUUUGCUGCGACUACCUUCAACCUGGGUCCCCGCUCCUUUUCCCCGCCUCACAUGGAUCCUGAAAACCGUGCCUCCAGCUGGUGCGCUGAUACUAACAUGGGACCCUUCAAUCCCGACAAAGGCGGACACCUUGUGCUCUGGGACCUUGGGCUUAUCGUUCGCUUUCCUCCUGGUUCCACCAUCCUCUUUCCCUCUGCACUUAUCACCCACUCUACUAUCCCUAUCCAAGCACAUGAGAGCCGCUAUGCGAUAAUACAAUACUCUUCUGGUGGCCUUUUCCGAUGGCGCGACAACGGGUUUCAAUCAGACAAA